AUGGACACCAAGCGAUGCUUUGCAAACCGCUUCGAUGACUACCAGGGCAGCCUGCUGGCGGGCCAGUGCGAGGAGGCGGUGGCGCCCUUGGUCACCGCCACCAUCGAGCGCAUCCUCCAGGAGCUGCCUCCGCUUGGGGGCGGCGCUGAGGCCCGGGGUGCCACGGCCACCGCCAGCGGCUGCCAGGGGGGGCUGUACAGCGGCGUGGCCGGGGUGGCCUACAUGCUCUACCACGUCUCCCAGAGUCCGCUCUUCGCCGCGGCCCGGGAGCGCUACCUGCGCUCGGCCAAGCGCCUCAUAGACGCGUGCGCCCGCGCCGAGGAGUGGGGUGAGCCGGACGCCGACACUCGCGCUGCCUUCCUGCUCGGGGGCGCGGGCGUGUACGCCGUGGCCACGCUCGUAUAUCACGCCCUGGGUCGGUCCGACUACGUGCAGCCGCUGGGCAAGUUCCGGGCUCUGUGCGCCGUCUGCGCGCCGGUUUCCUUCCUGGAGUGCGGCUCGGACGAGCUGUUCGUGGGCCGCGCGGGUUACCUGUGUGCCGCGCUGGUGCUCAAGCAGAAGCUCGCCCAGGAGGUACUGACUCCAGCACAGAUCAAAUCAAUUUGCCAGGCAAUUCUGGACUCUGGGAAGCAGUAUGCCAUGAAAAAGAGAAAACCGAUUCCACUGAUGUAUUCUUACUAUGGAACUGAAUACUUGGGGGCAGCUCAUGGCCUGUCAUCCAUUCUCCAGAUGCUUCUUUCUUACCAUGAGCACCUCAAGCCCUCGGAUCGUGAGCUGGUAUGGCAGAGUGUAGACUUCCUUAUGGAACAGGAACAGAACUGCAACUGGCCCCCUGAGCUUGGCGAGACGAUCGAGAGGGAGAAUGAGCUGGUACACUGGUGCCACGGUGCUCCAGGAAUUGCCUAUCUGUUUGCCAAAGCUUAUCUGGUUUCCAAGAAACCACAGUACCUGGACACAUGUAUUCGGUGUGGGGAGCUCACAUGGAAGAAGGGCCUGCUAAAGAAGGGGCCAGGGAUUUGUCAUGGUGUAGCUGGCAGUGCCUAUGUCUUCUUGCUGCUGUACCGGCUCACAGGAAACUCAAAAUACAUCUAUCGAGCCCAAAGGUUUGCUCAGUUCUUAUUUACUGAGGAAUUCAAGGCCGGUUCUCGGGUCCUUGAAAGCAUCUACAGCUUGUAUGAAGGUUUCUCCGGGACCGUGUGCUUUCUCAUCGAUCUGCUGCAGCCCAAUCAGGCUGAAUUCCCUCUCUUCAGCGUCUUUGUUUAG